AUUUUUAUCCUCGAGCGUUUCGGUAAGGAAGCGACAUAUGGCAUGAUACAGGAAGCCGCCAGACCUCCAGCGCUCCGAUUGCCUAUAUCUUUUCUACAGGUCUUUUCAAACGCUCGAGCUCGGUCCAAUUGCAUGCCGGACGCUACUCUCUCCCGUCUCUGCCACCCUGCUAGCUUGAAAAAGUCGAAGGGAUGAUAAUGAGUCUCCCAAAUUCUUUGCCGACUUCCCUUGGCACCUUCAAAAUAUCACCAAUGUCAAAUGCAACAGAAAAUAGAUUGGGGUUGAACAACCUCUUGCAACAACGAUAUGGUGCAAAUGUCGCUGCUCACCUGCGAUGGGAAAGUGUUAGAAAUGGCACUGAUCAUAAUCCUACAUGGACUUUGAUUGUUUAUGUCGACGGUAUUGAGUACGGGCGGGGGUCUGGUAGUGACAAAGUGAUUGCGAAGGAGAUGGCUUCUGGAGUCGCCCUUGGGCAGCUUCGAAUACAGUGGGCUCAUCUGCUGCACUAGUUGUACGACGUCGUCUUCUUAGUUUUGUGGUUCUUUAUAUAAUCCACCGUCCUGUAAUUUUGGCCAUAGCACCCUAUUGUGUAUUUCACAACAUGCAUGUAGCUCUAG